AUGUCGCGUCGGAAGAACAUGACAAAGGCCACCGGAGCUAGGAGCACGGCGCGGCCGGAACCACAGACAGUGGGCGGCGGUGGUGGCUGUGCGGACUCUGGCCACGAGCCGGCGGUGGAGGCCGCGGGUGGCGGCGAACGCGUGGCUCGGGACACGAGAUUGCUGUGGAACCUCGCAGGAAGCCAUAGGUGGCGGCGGCCGCGCGGGCUUGGAUCUGGAGACGGUACCACAACCCUAACUGCCAAGCUCGUCGCCCGCGUUGUUGCUAUUGGUCAGCAGUACAAGAGGACGUCUCCGCAUCGCCCCUGGAGAUCCCGCCAUCGAGGGCUCACCCUGACUGGACGUGGAGAGGCUUGCCUGGGGGAGAUCCAUGCUUCUAUCCUAAGGAAGCAUUUACAUCGACUGGAGCAUCCUGGUGUUGUUGAACAUGAUGUGGAAUCUGAGAAAGAAGAUGAUAAUAAACUGGAGGAUGAGAUGCAUGAGGACGAAGAUGAUAAGCGAUAUUCGCCUGAGCCUAUACCUCAGCACACAGAAAACCAAUUUGAAGAGGAAGAUGGAUCCUUCUCUCCACAGCUAAUGCAUGGCAAUGAAGAUGAAGAUGCAAUUGAUCCUGAAGAGGACAAAGCUGAGCUAGACCGAAAACGUGAAGCUGUAGUUUUGGAGCAUCAAAGGAAAGUUCAGGAAGCCAUGAAAGCAAAGGCAAGAGUACCUGAUGAGAUGGAGAUGAAGACCAUAAAAACGAUGGGAGCUAUGGAGGAAGGAGAUGCAGUAUUUGGUGCCGGUGCUGAAGUGAACCUUGAUUCACAGGUGUACUGGUGGCACGACAAGUAUCGACCAAGAAAGCCCAAGUACUUCAAUCGGGUGCACACUGGAUAUGAAUGGAAUAAAUACAACCAGACUCAUUAUGACCAUGAUAACCCACGCCUAAAAUUGUUCAAGGCUACAAAUCCCACGGCUGGGCUGCCGCAUGACUCGGCUCUCCCUUCCCCUACCAAUAGCGAGCGUCCCGCGCACCGCGGGGACACGAAUGCCUCCUCGAGCGGGAGCCAUGGCGGCGGCGGUGAGGGCGGCGCUGCUGCCCUCCUCAUCCUCCUCCCCGUCGCGCGCUGCUCCACCUCCCGCGCCGCUUCCUCUCGCUCACGGCGACUCCCUACCCUCUCUACUACGACCUCAUCGUGCACCGCCCUGGCCUCCGACGCCGACAGGAGCCUCGUCUUCUUCGACGACGAGAAGAAGGAAGAUGAGGGAGGGGAGUGGGUGGUCAGUAAGAAGGGCGGCGACAGCAACGACAAAGGGGAGGUGCUGGAGAGGAAGGUGGAAGACUUCUUCAGGUCUCUGAAUAAGGGCCCCGGCCAAGCUGACACCAAGGCCAAGAGACCGGGAGCGGAGCCGCGGCAGGUGAAGCGCGAGGUGCCAAGGGAGGAGGAGCGUCCGCAGCCGUACCUCGUCACCAGGACCACGGAGCUGCCACCCAGGUCGGAUGGCCCGGCCGGGACCGUCGUGCUCAUUGACAAGCCCAAAGGUGAUGCCUUUCCCCUCCCCUUUGGUGCAUUGCAGGUUCUGGGAUUCUCACCCAAAGGAUGGACUUCAUUUACUGUUUGUGGCAAGUUGCGGCGCUUGGUGAAAGUACAAAAGGUUGGACAUGCUGGAACUCUGGACCCCAUGGCAACUGGAUUGUUGAUUGUUUGUGUAGGAAAAGCAACCAAAAUAGUUGAUAGCUACCAAGGAAUGGUUAAAGGCUACAGCAGUGUUUUCCGACUUGGAGAAGCCACAUCAACCUGGGAUGCAGAUUCACCAAUUAUUCAGAGGGAACCAUGGGAACACAUCAAAGAUGAAGAUAUUAGAAAGGCAGCAGCAUCAUUCAAGGGUCAGAUAUGGCAAGUUCCUCCAAUGUUUUCUGCCAUUAAGGUUGGUGGUGAAAAGAUGUAUGACAAAGCAAGAAGGGGUGAAACAGUAGAGCUUUCACCAAGACGUAUAUCAAUAUACCAAUUUGAUAUUGAGCGCAGUUUGGAAGACAGACAGAAUUUGAUAUUUCGAGUUACUUGCUCAAAAGGAACAUAUAUUCAGUCCCUAUGUGCGGACUUGGGUAAAGCUCUUGGAAGCUGUGCUCAUUUAACUGCCUUGCGGAGAGACUCAAUAGGUGAAUACUCGGUCAAUGAUGCUUGUAACUUUGAUGAGCUUGAGCAACAAAUCACCAAGGGAUAUUUAUGA